ACCAUCACAUGGGGGGUUAAAACUUGAGACUAAAAGUUUGGCUCAGAAUGAGCGUUUAGUUCAAGAAACACACUGCCACGGUCUACUGAUCGCAAAACACUGAAAACACAGAGAGGUUGAGUUUGAGUCUCUCUGAACGGAUCUCAGCUGCAAAUAUCCUGAUCCCCAUCUUCCAGGCGUCUCAACGUGAUUUUAAUCAAGGGGAACUUUGGAGGAGUCACCAACCACAUCCAUCGCUGAAGAUCCAGGCUGACAUGGAUGUUUCCUUCAAUCUGUCCCUCUCUAAUCUCUCACUUCCGGUCUCCCCAACGUCUCCACCUCUGGAUCUUCACCAUCCCCUCCCGACCAUCAUCAUCAUCAUGUGUCUCUUCGUUCUGUUCGGGGGCUUUGUGACCUUUCUAGCGGUGGGCUGCCCGUCAGGGGGGUUCUGGGGUGUGGAUGGGGACUGUGGCCCGGCAGACGGUUUCUCGUGUGGCCAGACUAUGUCCAGCGAGCCUGAGCUGAAGCUCUGGAAGCGUUUAGGCUCAAUGAGGCAGUCAUUUUCCUCAACGCCGGCCUUCAGAAGACCCAUUCAGCCAUACGUAGCCCAGAGCAGGAAGCAAUCGGGGUCGAUGUCGCCCGCAGAGUCAAAGACAAAUGACUCCCACACAUAUAUUACUAUACCGGCUCUGCUGCAGUAUUCCACUGAGAUAUAAGCUCUGUUGCAUCACCUAGUGAGCUGUCUUGCUAUCUAGAAUCUACAUAGGCAGCAGCCUUCUAAAUGACUGAUUUAAAGUGCAUUUCAUAGGCAACAACUAUGUGCGCCACAGGAAACUUGACUCCAAAUUGAUUUAAAAAAAGUUGUCAGCUUGUUGCUAAGCUAGUGAUGUGAUUCUUUAAUAAGCACAAAAAUGCAUAGCAAGCAAAUAUGAAAUAAAAGUGAUUUAACAGAAUUUAAACUGACUAUU